AAGAGAUCCAUUUGGACAGAUAUUUGAUUUCACAGCCAAGACCAGUGCCCUUUCCGUCCUUCAUUCCAAGGGACAUGACUGGCAGUCGUGAAAAUAGCCCCCCGUACAGCACACCUCACUGUGAGUCCUUGACUAUGUUUGAAAAAACACUGUAAAUUCUGAAUCUUCCCUGAAGCACAUGAUGAUUCUGGUCACUUCCCCCUCAGCGAUGGGAAGAGCGCAGCCGCUCUGGGUCCUCUAGCAAUCAACAUGCACCAGGAACGUUGCUAGAUGAUCGCCCAAUUCAGAGGGCGUCCUCGUAUUCUCUCCCUCCAAUUAGAUCUUUCAUGCGGCCGCUCAGGGAAGAAUACUCCGACAGAGGGCCGCAAUCGUCCUCACACGACCAGACACAGGAAAUUUUGCCUGCAGAAGCAUCAGUGGAGGAUAGAGAGUCCAGUAGCGAAAGACCGUCGUAUAGGCGAGGCAAAAGAAAGCGAUCAGACACUCAGGAUGAAAGGAAGACCAAAGUUGCGCGCAAAAUCUACGUUGCCUCCGAUUGGCAUCAAUUGCCCCAUAACCUUACAGGGCGGAAGCUUCGAUGUGACGGGACGAAACCUUCCUGCGCGAAUUGCUCCACCCGAACAUUGGAAUGUGUAUAUAAGGAUCACCCUAGACGACGUGGCCCUGGAAAAGCACCAAAAGGCUCGCGGACCAAGAAAUCGGAAGGGAAAGGUCGAAAGGGGAGAAAAAGUUCUAAAGCAGCCACAAGUGAAAUUGAUAGGGACGGAUCUGAACAGCCUUCAGCUGCAGGACUCCCAGAUCGGCAUGUAUUUGAGCCACCGAUGAUGAUGUUACCAGGUCACGGUCACUCUCACUUGUCCAGGCUGGUGGCCGUUUAUGCGCCACCGCCUUACACUGAUCGGCCAAGUGCUUCGAACGUGCAUCGCGAAGAACAGGAACCGAUCCUACACUAUCACUUCACGAGCGAUGUAUUCGAUCAAGGAGCAGUGGAGAGCCUGCGGCCACUCUGGGGACGAGACGAAGAAGACAGCCGGUUAGCGGAGUCUGGGCAUCCAUUGCCUCCUGGGUCGCGGAAGGGUGAUACAGACGAGGAGCCGACUAAUUAAAAGCAUGAGGACAUUCAAUGGAGACACGGUACUUGCUGUUGAUGCAGAUGCUUGCGGACGUAGACCGACGCAGGCGGACAGUAAAGGAUCGGCACCCACAACUGUCCACGGUAUUGACGGGAUAAUGACCCGGCGGCGCACUGCUUGUUACGUAUUCUGGAGAUCGGAUACCUCUUUAUCGUUGCUACGCUCUUUUCUUGCCUAGAUGCGAAUGUUGUUUCGGAAUCACCCUCUUUUCCGUGGCUGAGCCAUAUCCGCCGUACCCUAUUUCCUUGUUUCAAUCCUGAUGGUGAUAACCUGGUUUAAUUUUUCUCAGCUGCAGACAUGAUAGCCUACCACAAUAUAAUGUUAUGUAGUGCCGUUUGUUUUAUUUCUAUGAUAUAUCUGUGCUACGUAUCUAUUUUAUCA